GCUGCAGGACCCGGGGAUUGACGAAAGCUGGCUGAUUUCAUGGAUCAGUUUGACACCCUUGAAAAACAUACGCAGUGGGGUAUUGACAUUCUGGAGAAAUAUAUCAAAUUUGUCAAAGACAGGACAGAGAUCGAGAUCAACUAUGCAAAGCAGCUUAGGAACCUCGCAAAGAAAUACCAGCCUAAAAAGAACUCCAAAGAAGAGGAAGAAUACACGUAUUCAUCAUGCCGUGCUUUCUUAGCAACUUUGAACGAAAUGAACGACUACGCCGGACAACACGAGGUCAUUUCAGAGAACAUGACUUCCCAAAUCACCACCGAGUUAGCCCGUUACGUACAAGAGCUCAAGCAAGAAAGAAAAUCGCAUUUCCACGAUGGCCGGAAAGCACAGCAACACAUAGAAACCUGUUGGAAACAGCUGGAAUCGAGCAAGCGCCGAUUCGAACGGGAUUGCAAAGAAGCUGACCGGGCGCAGCAGUACUUUGAGAAGAUGGACGCUGACAUCAACGUCACGAAAGCAGAUGUCGAAAAGGCUCGCCAGCAAGCUCAGCUCCGUCACCAGAUGGCCGAGGACAGCAAAGCCGAAUAUUCCUCCAUCUUACAGAAGUUCAACCACGAGCAGCGAGAGCAUUACCACACGCACAUCCCCAACAUCUUUCAGAAAAUUCAAGACAUGGAAGAGAGACGGAUCAUCAGAAUAGGGGAAUCCAUGAAGACCUUUGCUGAGGUGGAUCGCCAGGUGACUCCCAUCAUCGGGAAGUGUCUGGAUGAGAUCACAAAGGCAGUGGAUUCCAUCAAUCCGAAGCAUGACUCUCAGCUGGUCAUCGAAGCCUUCAAAUCGGGCUUCGAGCCUCCUGGAGAUGUCGACUUCGAGGACUUCACCCAGCCGAUCAAGCGGGCGGUUUCAGAAUCCAGCCUUUCUAAUUCGAAAGACGGUAAAUCCGAAUCCAGAUUCACGAGCAAGUCCAAGGGCAAAUUGUGGCCUUUCAUCAAAAAAAACAAGCUUAUGUCCCUUUUAACACCCCCCUAUCAGCCUCCUCCUCUGCCCCCUUCCUCUGCCUCGCCUUCUGCGGUGCCCAAUGGCCCCCAGUCACCCAAGCAGCCAAAGGAACCCCUCUCCCAUCGCUUCAACGAGUUCAUGACCUCCAAACCCAAAAUCCACUGCUUCCGGAGCCUAAAGCGUGGGCUUUCCCUGAAGCUGAUAACUUUGAAUAUGCAGGUCUGGAAUCUAAUGGAGGGAGGUGGCCCAGAAGAUUUCAGCAAUCUUCCCCCAGAGCAAAGAAGAAAGAAACUCCAACAAAAGGUGGAUGAACUCAACAAGGAUAUUCAGAAAGAGUUGGAUCAAAGAGAGGCCUUAACGAAAAUGAAGGAUGUCUACAUCAAGAACCCCCAAAUGGGGGACGCAGCUAGUGUGGACAUUAAGUUAGCUGAACUCGGACACAACCUGGAGAAGCUGCGGCUGGAAGUACAAAAAUUUGAGAGUUGGUUAGCAGAGGUGGAAGGUCGGUUACCUGUACGGACAGAGGUGAUGCGCCGCCAGAGUGGAGCGUACGAGCCGCAGAACAACACCUUGACCGUCAACAACUGCGUCCAGGACCGAGAGAGCAGUCCCGAUGGCGGUUACACAGAGGAGCCAAGCCAGGAGAGUGAGAUGAAAACGCCGACGACCGAAUUUGACGACGAAUUUGACGAUGAAGAACCCUUGCCCACCAUCGGCACAUGCAAGGCUCUGUACACCUUCGAGGGGCAGAAUGAAGGAACCAUUUCCGUGACGGAAGGAGAAACCCUCUACGUCAUAGAGGAAGACAAAGGCGACGGAUGGACACGGAUCCGGAGGAACGAGGAUGAGGAAGGCUACGUCCCCACCUCCUACGUUGAAGUCUUUCUGGAGAAGAAUGCCAAAGAUUCCUAAAAAAAAAAAGUCAAUUGCUGUUUUCGAGAGCUUCGGGGCAAGCUGGGCACAGGAGGAGAAACGGAUGAUCUGGUUUUAUUAUUAUUUUUAAAACUGCCCCAUUUUUAAAACCACUUCUGGCAUUUGCAAGCUUGGAAUGAAGGCAGCCCUUAUGGAGGGAGAAUUAAAACACCCCUCUAAACCUGUUCUUCCAGCUCAUCCUUCAGUUGCUUCUUACGUUCACCUGCAUUUCAGCUGUUGCAUUGACUAACCUGUCUUUGUUCACCCCUUGGCUGGGUUCGAGCAAUUUCCACCAAAGCACCCGGUGACCAGACUCAAUCUGUGGGGCCCAUUUCUUCUCCCGAAAAUGGAUGGAAGCAAAUUUGAUCAGCGAACCCUUCCUCACCCCUUUUCUCCUCAUCCCAGUUUCUCAGAGGAUUUUGCGAACAGUUGUUCCCACAUGGCAGAUGAGAAAUGGAGGUGGAGAAAUACUUUCCUAGCUGGGGUCUUCAAAACCAAGGUGAGGUUCUAGCCAAGCUGUUAGAUGGAUGGUCUCAUUGCUAGAUAGCAUUGAAUUUAGGAUUUGAGAUUAAGUCUGAUGUCUUAGGUUCAGUUCACAGCUAACUCUGUGGCUGUUGGGCCUAAGCACUGGAAUAGUUAAAAAAAAAAAUCGAGCAAAUCUAACUAUUGGACUUAAGCUAGUGGGGUGGCUUUGCACCCUGUUUUUAUUGUUUGAGAAGAAAAUUGAGGAAUUGGAAUGAUUCAAAAGGUGCUUAAAGUACAAGAAGGAAAGGUGUCCUGUUUGGGGACUGUAGGGCCUCUUGGCCAUGUUGAGAAGAUGACGUUGGGUAGGGUGGCCCAUAUUCAACCCUUCUUGAGGACACUAGAUUGGAGAAGUCUUUUCAUAGGGUUUGGGCAAGGUCUUCUCUUUCUGCUUCUCCAAGGAAAGAAUGCAAAGGACGUCCUUUCCAGCUGGGUGGGUGGUGGUUUUGUGUGUGACUUGCACCCCAGUGUUUCUCACGCCAUCACACCCAGAUCCAGAGGAGUUUCAUUGGAAAGGAGGACAGGGAUUCAUGGAGAGGCAGAGAAGAUGCCUCUUUUGGCAAAGGGUAGGUCCUUGGUGGCCUUGACCUCGCCACAAAUUACCCUCACACAGCACAGCGCGAAUUGCUUCCAAGCCAGUCCACGAGAAUGCAUUGCUGGAUAAGCUAAGCACUAAGGGUUUGGUUGGGUCUGGGGUUAGUGGAUAUGUGAACCCAGCUAUGGUUCAGUGCAAAGGGUGUCCCCAACCAUCGUUUCAGCCAGUGCAUAUUUAAACACAGUCUUAGCCUGAUGUGUCCACGGAGUUGCGGCGUUUGGGAAUUCCUUGGCAAAGCAUUCGCAUUGAACAGGGGGUUGCCUUGCCCCGAUCAAGCUGCUCACGUUCAGAAUCAGCCUGUUUGGUCUUGGGUUCGAGCAGUCAUGCCACACCCAAGAAGCUGCAGAAAGAGGUCCAGAGUCCUGGCUUUGGGCUGCUAAGACGGUCCACCAGACCAGAUUCAGUUCCGAAUCUCACCUCUGCUAAGGACUCACGACUUGGUUUGCAGCUCACCUGCAGGAAGGAAUUCAGAUUUCCAUUCUGGGUUUUUCCUCUUUUCAAAGAAGUGCCUAAAGAUAACAGAUCAUGUUAAUACUACAGAGCAGCCCUCAUACUAAUAAUUAGGGUUUUUCUUUUUUCCAGCGUCAGCUAAGGCAUUGUCUGAUAGUUGACUGGAAUGAUUCACAGCAGGCUUUUGGAGGCAUGUUGACCUAGAAGAGAGCCCCAAAGUCUCUGGUGGGUCUUUCUCCCAACAAAGUGUGUGUGGAAGAGCUGUGUCAAGGCUGAAUGGCUUGUUCCCAUCAGGUAGGGCACUUUUGGUCCCAUCAUAUGUGAAGAACUCUUGAGAACUCAUCAGAACUCCUGGCCUGAAUCUGUCUCUGGUGCUAACCGGGAAAAGUCAUUUUCAAACCACUUCAGCGGUUCCAGGCAUCCUGGCCUCAAAACCAUCUGCCCCUUCCCCAGUCCGCCUGCCCUCCAGAGGGGGGGACUUCAGCUCCCAGCAUUUUCCAGCAGGGCCAGAUGUUGGCUGAUGAAUGCUGGGAGUGAAGUCUGCCCACUCCGCUUGGCUGUUCCAAGGCCUUGAACCUUUCUGUAUGGUUUUGCCAACUGGGAGACUCUGCUGGGCCGGGGUAUGCUGGUUUGUCAAUCAUUGGAUGCCAACUGGCACCCAAUAGAAGCCUCACUGAGGUCCCCAUGGAUCCAUAUGCCCGCCUGCAUGGCUCCAAUUUCACUCCUAUUCUUUUAGCAAGCCGGCCUUUUUCAUGCAAACCUUGGUUUAUUCCUCUUCUCUGCCUGCCUGCUCAGUUUUGCCCUGCCUGCGUCACAUUUAAGACCCACACUUUAAUUUACCCGCUCUGCCUGCCCUUUUAAUUUAUUAAGUUAUUUUGCAUUUUGUCUCUCGAAAGCUACCCGCUUUUCUCGCAUGCCCACUCCCACAUUUAUUUAUUUCCACUUUUCCUCGUCACGUCCCAGCAAAAAUUCACUGUGAUUCCUGCCCUUCCCGACCUCCUGCCUGCUCUUGAUUUCAACCCCAGCGUCACGUAGGUCAGUUUUUAAUUCCAUUUCGGGGCUACACCGUCGAGUAAACGGGUUUCAGCCUUGUCCGUGUGCCUCCCCACCCCAGAAGACGUCAAAUCCUUUCCAAAAGAAGGAAGCCCCUUGGCAGACUCACAAAGAAGGCUGUGGCUGAGCUGAGCAAAAGAGACUGUAGGUUUUGAACUUGGCUCUUCUCAGGAAGCUCUGCAGUUUGGGGGUCCAGGAGGGGCCUGGGGCACCCCCCAUUGCGACAUCAACCAGCUGAGCCUACAGCCAGAUUUCAAGGACAGAGCGAUCCUUCCGGGAACCAGGAUGGUGAAAUCUCAAUUCUCCCUCCAAAGAGGCUGAAACGGAGUUGCUGCACUCAACCUCCCAGACUUUUUUGAGUUGCCCCGUGUAACGCAUUGCCAAGAAAACUUGCAUUUUCGUCAACAGCGCUUUUCCGCGGAGAAGGUGGAAAGCAGGGAAGUGAAGCGUCAGAAACUGAAAUAUGCACCCAGCCAGCCCUCCGGAUUGGUAGUUUAAAAAGAGCUGAUGAUCGAUGUCCAUUUGCCAGAUGGGAUAUGUAGUGAACUGGCCUCCAGUGCCGUUGCUUGUUUGCAUACAAGAGGCUUCAGCAACAGCUGUGGUCUCUCUGAUGUGGAUGUCAUUUCAGGGGGGACUUUUAGCAGCUCCUUCCACAUCCCCACCAUAAAAAUGCCCCUUCUUUUCCAGCCAGUGCGAGAAAAGUAAACUUGAGUGCCACAGCCCUCGGCGAGCUAAGGAACGCCACCUAGAAUUGCCAGCCAGUGUUGGUUGAGGAUUGCUCCCUGCAUGGCUAUUAGCCCAGGACACUAAAUUGAGCCUCCCCUUUGGGGAACAGUCUACCUUUGAGGAUCAGUUGCUGGCAGGGGUUGGGAAAAGAGGGCCCAGUCUUCACUGGCCUUUGGCCUGCUCCAGGUGAGCUCUCAACCUGCACUCUGUGCACCCGCCUGUUUGGGGAUGGCAUGGAAGCACCUGGAGAAUUUGGAGAGGGGGCCUCUUCCCAAAAUGGUUGCCCUGGUGGGCAAGGCUGCCCCCAAACCUUCAUCGAGCAGAGUUAAGCUUUACUGCAGUUUGGGACAGUGGUUGGGGUCCUCAGAAGACUCAGCUACGCUGCUGAAAGGUAAAAUGAGCUGAAAUUCUGCCCUGCAGCCCAGAAAGGUGGUGGGUCUCCUGCCUCCGUGGCUUCCUAAAACAGGAACCCUGCAUUAGUAGAAAGGAAGCCCCCAACUCAUCGUCCUUUCCCAGAUCAGGGGCCUUGGAGAAUGAUCUCCCUCUGCUUUCUCUUUCAGCUUUUGAUUCUUUUGGGAGCAAGUUCCCUUUUUUCAAAAAAACACCCUUGGUGGGAGAGCAAGAGACGUCUUCUCACGGGCAUAAUGUUCGGUGCACCACCAAAUUUGAGAUCGAGGUGGACCAUGUAUUGUCCCCUGACCAGGAAUGUCCAAGCAGAGGCCACAACAUGUGUUGGUGGAUCUCCAGAAAGGAGGUGCGUUAUUUCUGCCUAAAUAGCAAAGUCUUCAGAAAGACAACCCACCUUGAGUCUUUUUUUUUUUUUACAAGAGAAGUACUCUAAAAAAAAUGCUAGUAAAGAUUUUGAGCAUCUAGAGAGGGAGAUCAUUUCUCCUAUCCCUUCUCCUCCAGCAAAUGUCAUUUUGAAGGAAAUUGAGGUUUUUCACUCCGGACUAGGUGCCUGAGCAAAUAGAAGAAAGGGGGAAAAAAGAUGUUUUUUUCAGAGCAGUAACACUGACCGGGAUAAGCCUUGCCAUAUUCAACACAAGGGGAGUGGCAAAUUGCCCCAAGCAAUCUGCAGGCAUGCUUGGUUUUGAUUUAGCGCACUGGGCCAACCCAGCCAAACACAGUUUUAUUCAACAAGCCAAGAUUAAAACUGAUGCAUGAUUUCAAUCGCCUUUUCUGCCCAGGUGCGAAGGCUGAAAAAAAUAAAUAAAACUGAGCCGUGGCGUCAUUAAAUCGGGGAAGGACCAGCCAAGUAGGUUAUUUGCUGUCUAGCUUAACUUUUUUUCAAGCCUCGGUUUGACAUGUGUUUAAUUUGGAAAAAAAAUUGGAAAAAGUGGAAGUGGCCCGUGAUGAGUUUAAGAUAUAGAGGAAGGGAAAUUUACCAACUCUUUCAUUUUCAACUCUGGAAUAGGACCUAAUGCCUAAGACUCAAGGGUUAUUUCUUUAUUCCCUUUGGAAUUCUUGCUUUUAAUGCCACAGAAGAGGAAAACAGAUGGACGGGGAAUUGUUUUAAUUCAAUUAAUUUUUGCCGGCCUGCUAUUUCGGAGGGGGCUUUGCUUCCCAAGGUUAGCUCCCCCCCGAUGGCUGAGCGUACUUUGGAAGUCACGGAGCCGAAACAGCCAUCCCUUUGAAUCCCAACGUGAGUUUUGACUUGGAAGACGUGUUUUGAGAUUUUAUUCCGUACAGAUCGUAAAGUGUGAUGGGCAAAAAUAAAGUUAGAGAGACGUGCUUUGGAAACAAUCUUCCUGAUUCAGAAUACUGCCCCUCCACCCUGGAAACCCCAGGUACAGAAACCCCUAUAUAAGAAACCUUAGAAACCCCUCUAUUUUACCCCAGAAACCCCUAUAUGAGAAGAAAAAUAUAUAUGGAAAGUUCCAUCUAUGCUAAAAAGCAUGCAUGAAAUUUUAACGCAGGGCUUUAGAGGUAUGAACAUGAAGUAGAUAUGAAUAACACAACCGGUUUCUAAAAAGGUUUCCCUCCUUGCUUACGAUCAAACUAAACAGAGGGAUUUUCCCUUGCCUCUAAACCCAUCCUCCCCACUUGCUAAUGCCCUUUCUUACCAUCUGUAAAUAGACAAGAGGAAAAAAAAAAUAUUUACUGAAAAACUGUGUUUUAAUGCUGAGUAUUUUUCAAAAGUUCUGCUGCGUAUUUUCCAUUCCUCCUCUCAUGCUUGAAGUGUCAAAAAGAUUUAAAGGAAAAAAACAAAAACCCGCCAAAUUAUAUUUUAACAUAAAACGUCAAGCACUUUUUUUUAAUGGUUAUUUCUGUGUAUUUAGGCACUGGAUUCUUUUAUGUAGGUUUUGGUGGCAACUUAAAUGUAUGUGUAUGUAUGAUUUCAUAGCUCGAAAGGUGUAAAGAAAUCCAAGUUCUAAGUGUUUUGUCUCAUUUAUUUCUGGCGACAGAAUUCAAUCAAUAAAGUGCUUCCAUUUGAAAGCGA